UUAGACUAUGGUAUAACGAAUAAGUAUAUUUAUUAUUUGUUAAAUCUCUCAUUGUGUUACAAAGAAAAGAUAAACUGCAAAUUUUUACCUAAAGAUGGGUGAAAAUGUAGAUUAUACACAAUUAAUGAGAAAAUCCACUAGAAAAAUUCAUUCAAUAAGUGAUACACUAAUUAAUGCUAAAUUAGCCUUCGCAAUAUCCAAUAAUAAAGUUUGGGGAGAAGGUUUAUUAAUAUUUUACGAAGUUUUCAAGUUUAUUGAACGGGCCAUAGCUGAAACAAGCAAUGAACAUUUAAAGCAAUUUCAUAUGGUGGAAAUGUUUCGUACAAAGGCUUUUGAAGCGGAUUUGAAUUAUUAUUUAGGGCCAGAUUGGAAUAAAGAUUAUGUUCCUCGGAUAAGUGUCAGAAGAUAUUUAAACUAUUUGGGAAAGUUAGAAAGGAAUGAACCAGAAAUAUUAAUUGCAUAUUUUUAUCACUUGUAUAUGGGUUUACUUUCUGGUGGACAAAUAUUACGGAAAAAACGUUCCGUAUUUAAUAAAUUAUCAGCAAAUCAAACGGAGGGAAAUGCUGUCACUGAAUUUUCAGAGCCAAUUGCAGAAUUAAAAACAAAAAUACGUAAAUUAACAAAUAAAGUCUGUGGAGAAAUGGAUGCAGAAAUGCGUGAUAAAGUGAUCAAAGAAGGACAAAUGGUUUUUACUUUAAAUAAUGAAAUUGUUGCAACAAUUGAAUCAACUAAUUUAGUUGUAAUUAAACGAGUAAUUUAUUCUUUUUGUCUGUUUGGUAUUUCUUAUUUAAUUUAUCGUUAUUUACGAAAGUAAAGAAAAUACCUGCUAAUUUUUUAUAGUGUUUUUUGUGAUAUUUUGUUUAUUCAUUGUAGAUAAUAAAUUUUAUUCAUAGUU